UCAUGGCACAAAGGAUGUUUCAAAUGUCAGGUGUGCAACAUGACACUAAAUAUGAAAAACUACAAGGGCUAUGACAAACUGCCAUAUUGCAAUGCACAUUAUCCACAGACAAAACACACAGCUGUAGCUGACACACCCGAGUCCAGAAGAAUAGCAGAAAAUACAAAAAUACAAAGUAAUAUAGAGUACCGCAGGGAGUUUGAGGAGAGCAAAUCUCGAUAUUACCAGGUCACCGAUACCCCGGAGAUGAAAACCAACCUCCGAAACACGCAAAAUAUUAGUAUGAUCAAAUACCAUGCUGAAUAUGAGAAACAGAAGGGUAAGAAAAUCACGGUGGCAGACGAUCCAGAAACCCAGCGUGUACGUCACAACAUGGACGUGAUUAGCAACGUCAGUUACCAUGGUGAUAGAGAAAGAAGGAACCAGAUGGAGAUGGCAAGGCCUGCUGAGCAAGUUGAAGCACAAAAUAUUGUCCGGAACAUAAAAGAUGCAGGACGAGUAAGACCGAAUCCUGGCCGAAUUGCUGAUUACGACCCGACUGAGGUUGGAUUUGGUAGCGGAGGAGGGACACCGUAUUCGAACAGAAACUCAGCUGGUGCUAAGCAAGUGUACGACUCGAACAUUGGACGAGACGAAGACCCUGGCGAGUAUAAUAACCAAGAACGUCGCACGUCGAGAGGUUCCGUCAAAAAUCGUGUUCAGAGAUUUUCCUCGUCUGGCGAUGAGGACCCGGCGAGGUUGGAGCAGCCACAGUCACGUAAAGUUGGCUCAAUUAGUGACUAUGACCCUCUUAAUGAGAAAUACGGCUCCAUAGCCGGUCAACACACAGAUCCUAGGAGAGCCCAGCAGCCAGCACAACAAUAUCAGCCCCCACCUCAACAACCUUAUCAGCCCCCACCUCAACAAUAUCAGCAGCCCCCAGCAGAACCCCAGCAACCUAGAGAUGAUAUGGCAGGCAAAGGGAUGGUUUGUAAAGCAAUGUACGAUUACGACGCAGCUGACGCGGACGAGGUUGGUUUUCGAGAGGGAGAUUUGAUCGUAUUCUGUCAGCCAAUUGACGCGGGAUGGAUGGAAGGCACCGUAGAGAGUACCGGAAAACGUGGAAUGUUACCUUCAAAUUAUGUGGAGAAAAUCAACUAGGCGCUUUUUUAAAUGAAAAUUUAAUCAUUUUUUAAAAUGUGUAUAGAACAUGUAUAUAUAGCUAUGUGUGUUAAGAUAAGUUGAAAAGCUAAAGCCUAGGGCGAGUCUGAACCAGAAUUGCAUUAAAUUUGUGAUGGAAAACGUGAUAAUUAUGUUGUAACUACUUAACAGAGCCUUUAUGUUAAAUAUGUUUUUUUUUAGUUUUUUAAAGAUCAAAAUUUGAGAUAGAUGCCUUUGAACAGAUUUUGCUUUUUCUAGAACAAGACAAAAUAGUGUGAUGUCUUCUUGAAAUCGUCCUAAUUGGUAAGACAGUUAUAAAAUGUUUUAAGUACAAAUCUGCAUGGAGAACAAAGUCAGUGCCUGCUCAGGCAAAGAUAAGUUUUGGGAGUUUUCGUAAGAUGAUAUUUGGUAUGGGUACAUGUAGUUUUGCAGGAAAAGAAGCCCAGUCCAGUCUGCCUAAUGUGUACAUAGCUGUUGCAAUUUCUUUCACAUCCAUAAUAAAUGUUUUUUUGGAGAGAAAAAAAACGGUUCUUGUAAAAAUUUAAAUAAAUCAUCCACGGUUUUUAAUAUUGAUAUUCAAGAGUUUCAUUCUUUUCACUGUCCUCCCUAUCGGUUUCAAACUUGCUUCUUGAAUUCUUUGUUGUUGAUUCUUUUUUCCCACAACUUUUUAAAGAGGAAAAGAGGAAUAUUUCAUUAGCCUACAUACGUACCACUACCUUAGAGCGUAAAUGUAGUUUUGAACAAAUAUUUUUUCAGAACAUCGAUAUUAACCUGCUGGGAACAAAAAUUAUAAGUCCUUGACCAGGUUUUAUACAGUACAUUUUAGAUAAGUAAAUUGAGCCGCAUCACUACAAAACCAACAUAGUGCGUUUACGACCAGCAUGGAUCCAGACCAGCCUGCGCAUCCGCGCAGUCUGAUCAGGAUCCAUGCUGUUCGCUAUCAGUUUCUCUACUUGUAAUAGAGUUGGUAAGCGGACAGCAUGGAUCCUGAUCAGACUGCGGAUGCUCAGGCUGGUCUGGAUCAAUGCUGGUCGCAAACCCAUUAUGUUGGUUUUGUUGUGGCGCGGCUCAAUUUUGUUAUUAGUUUAGAUUUUUUUAUAAAAAGAUAUAUCUUAGUUUUUAAAGUUGCCAUAUUUUGAAUAGAUAGGAGAGAGGGAAAAGGGCUUGCGAUUUGAAUAUCAUUUUCGUUUUGUUCCUCAGACUAUGAAUUUAUUUUUGUCAUAUUUUGUUGUUGUUUUUAUUACUUUAUUUCUGUUCUUAAUUCAAUGAUCAGAUUGACUACAUGUGUUUGACAGUGUUUUUUUUUUUUUUUUUGCAUUUUUUUUUAUCAUUCAUUUUUGCAAGGAUUGUUUUUUUAUUAUGAUUUUUUUCAUGGAUAUUUCCACAGUAUUUUUUGUUGUCAUUGUUCUCUUGUGAGACAUUUUAAGAAAAUUGCUAAAGUUUUAGUGACCCAUUAGCUAGCAUCAUAGUGAAUGUGUGAAUUAAAAAGAACAAAAGCAUCCUGAAACUUUAGAAAUGAAAUAAGAAAAAAAAUUUUAUGCAGUUUUCCAAAAUAUUCAAACGUAAAGCAGCUUCAUUCUUUCCCAAAUAAGCAACGUUAGUGAUAAGUCUUACCAAAAAAAAUAAAA